AUGGAGACGCACAGUGGAAAUGUACCUAUUGCAACAAUGCCAAGCUCGCCAGAUGAGAUCAAACAGGCGGAACAUUUGCUACCACAGGCCAACGAAUCGUACCAAAUACAGCAGGAUAGUUCCCCUUGGAUUAAAGGCACCAAAGAACCGCUCAGAAAAUGUUUAAUGUGUUUGUUACCCUUCGAGGAGCUCAGUUCGAUCGGAAGCGAAUCGGUGGAGGAGUUAAAACGGAUAGUGGAUAAUAUUUACAAAAUUGCCAAAAUAGAGGUUAAACCAGCUGAUGGGAAAAUUGAACCCCUGUGCAAUGGAUGUCGUGCUAAAUUGGGCUAUGAUUAUGACGAGGAUGCGUACUUCGAUAUGUUAAGCCAGAUGUACAACAGUGAAGCACAGUGUAAACCACCCACAAUCACAAUGCACAAUGGUAUACCGGUGCACGUGGCCGUACCGUGCGAAGCGAAUCCGGAAUCACCGACAUCGGGCUCCGGUGGACACUACAUUGAUGCCGCCUGUGGUACAUUCGUUGUAACCGAGCUCGGCGUAGAAGCGCUGAAUGCUGACAAGGAUGAGCUGGUGUGUGCCAUCUGCUCGAAAGCUUUCAAUUUCAAGUCCACUCUCCGGUUGCACAUCCGCAGUCACCAUCAGACGGCGCCACGAGAUACGAUCGAGCUGCCAAAGCAUCCGCGCAAACCGCGCACGUACGAGUGUACCGAGUGUAACCUUAGCUUCAAGCUGAAGUACGAUUUCGACAAGCACAUCAGCAGCCACAAGAAGCCAAGUAUGCACCAGUGCGAGGGCUGCUUCAAGCUAUUUAAGCACAAAUCCUAUUAUCUGAUGCACCGGAACUUAAAACGCUGCAAGGCACAGUUUUCGAUCGAUCUGACCAAUCCACUGGACCCGUUCCUAGCGGGGGAUGUUCCACAGACCGUGGGAAUGGAUCUGCCACGAGUUGCACCUUCCACCGGUCGGCGGAAGAACGGUACGGCAAAAGAUCGUACCAGCGGAUCACCUUCGCUCGGUUCCGUGUCGCCAUUCCCAUUACAGUGCACACCGGAAUUGGGAUCUCUCACGGACUGUGGCAUCAGGAAUGCCAGCUAAGGUAUUUUUUGCAUCGUAAGUAAGACUUCCUGGCACAUUCUGCGAUUACAGUAGGAAGGUGCAAAACACGCAUCUGUAGGGGUGCUUUGGCUUAUGGAAAGGAAGGCGGCCCGAUAUCGGUUCCUAGCGGGUAACUUAGUUCUGUAUUUGUACAUAGAUUAAGCGAAUUGGUGAUUCAUUGCUUGCCGAUUUUCACAAUCUAAUGCGUGAAUAAUGGAGAUACCAUUUCCAAACAAUAACGUUUUGUUCAGUGUCAUAUAACGCAACCGUUCCAAAGAAAUUAAACUUGCUUUAGUCGAUCGAUGGCCAUACCAUAGGGAAGGAAUUAGUCUGCUUGUGUUAGAUUAAGUUAAUGUGUCGAUACCAAAUUAUUAGUGUAACCGAUGAACAACAUUUCAAAACGUAGGAAAGAUAGGUAUUUGAAUUUUUUAACCCACCGUGAGGUUUUUAUUUUAUUUACACAACGAUCUUUGUUUUUUAUUUGUUUGGACCAUAAUUUUCCGUUAAGUUUGUACGUACUCUAUUUAUUUGUUAAAUUAUUCGAACCAAAGCAAUCAAUUUCGCUAGUCGCUUCUUAUGUUAACUUUGGUGUGCAGCAGAGACAGGGCCAGUACUUUUCUCCGGUUGAUUAGGGGAAAAGGACCACCACUUCUUUCAUCUUAGUGUCUACGUUUGAUAUCAUGUUUCUCGGUGUGUUUGCAUGAAUGUAUGAAGGGUGUUCACAAAGGGUGGACAUUUUGCAAGCCCUAUGUUAGGCGUAAGGUAGGGAUAAAAAAUGAGCAGCAGAAGUUCAUGAACUAUGGCACGAACUGUCCAUAUCUAUGUCAGUCAGCUAAUUUUAUCAGACUUAGGAUGUAAGUAUGAAGUGUGCCAUGUUGAAUUCACCAGCGUUACAUCAACUCUUUAUCGUCUUUUAAAUCGUAACGCGAGUGAAGCAAAUGUUAUGAUUAUGAGCAAACAUCUCGCUCGCGUAUCUGCGAGUGGCUAGGGACAGCAGAAAGUUCGUAACUUAAGCUAGUUGUCAUUUACUUUAGUCAGUUGUGUGAUAGCGAAACGGUGUCAUCUUUGCUCUACCAUGUUUCUUCCUACAUGGCAUAAUAAUAUGAAUUUUCUUACCAAAACCAUGUUUAAAAUUUAUUAAGGAAUUUGUAGAUUAAAUAUUAGUUUUGACGAGACAUGAAGGUGUCCCUAAUGCCGGGGAUGAGUGUAGCAAUCUUCCAUACGAUCCCUUUCUGGGUGGGAUGACCUAUAUUACGGUUCCAAGUUGCUCACCAUACGCCCGUGCGGUUCGAGUUAUUGUGAUGAAGCUGGCAUAUACGAAGGAAUUUACAAUUUAAGACUAUAGAUGUAUAAAUGCUUAAAUCGCGUACGCAUGAUAAGAGAGGGAACCGAUUAUUUAAGGAACAACUAAAACUAUACCAAUUCGAACUAAAAGGCGGAGGUCUAGUUUAUAUGUUUGAAUAACCUUUUUAAUUGCAUUCGGCACUGAAACU